AGCUGCAGCCCAGUUCAUCCACCAUCAUCUCAUUCACUGCAGUUUGAUACAACACCAGUCGGUGGCACUCCCGAAGGAUCAUUUCUGAAGUCAUUGCAUGUAAAGACGAUGUCUGCAACAGCGAUGGCUAAAGUCAUGAUCGUCACGCUGGCCGUUUGUCUUCUCGCCCAAAUAGACGGGAAACCCGUUAAGAAGAGAGCUGUCAGUGAAAUACAGCUGAUGCACAACCUAGGCAAGCACCUGGCCUCCGUGGAGAGGAUGCAAUGGCUGAGAAAGAAGCUGCAAGAUGUGCACAAUUUUGUCAGCCUUGGAGUUCAAAUGGCUGCCAGAGAUGGUGGUUUCCAGAGGCCCGCCAAGAAAGAGGAAAACGUCCUUGUUGAUGCCAACCCGAAAAGUCUUGGAGAGGGAGACAAAGCUGAUGUGGAUGUAUUAGUUAAGGCUAAGCCUCAGUAAAGGGCAACAUCAUAUACUGCUAUCUUUUCAAGCUCUCUGAAGAUCGUCAAGU